ACCCUUUCGGACAUUUAUUUGGUUGGUAUGAUAAAAAUUGAAUCUUGACGUAAAAUUCUUAGUCUUUUUAUUUCUUUCUACUUGCAAGUGUGAACUGAGUACCAAUGGAAAGUGUUUGAAUUUUUUUAUUUUUUCCUGUUGUUUCCUAGGACCCUUUUGGACAUUGAUUUGGUUUGUAUGAUAAAAAUUGAAUCUUGAAGUGAAACUUUUUUGGACUUUAAUUUUUUUAUUUUUUCCUGUUGUUUCCUAGGACCCUUUUGGACAUUGAUUUGGUUGGUAUGAUAAAAGUUGAAUCUUGAAGUGAAAUCCUGAAUCUUUUUUUCUCUCUUUGAGAUAUUUAGUUUGAAUUAGUCACUAUUUGAACUCUACUUGCACAUGUUUAAGUGUUUAAUUCUUGAUUCCAUCUGAUUUUACCUAAAUCUUGUGAAUAAUUUUCUUCAUUUUCUUUAUCUUAGUAGUUGUUUACAAUCUGUGUAUUAGUUUCAUAGAGCAAAGCUUGUAGGAUUAGUUCUUAGCUCAUUAAGUUAUGGACAUAAGUAAUGAGGCUAGAGUUGAUUUCUUUUCAAUAGGACCUUCUUCAAUUGUGGGUCGAACAAUAGCCUUUCGAGUCUUGUUUUGCAAAUCAAUCUCGCGGUUAAGGCACAAAGUUUUUCAUUUCUUGAUAUGUUAUUUGUACAAGAUCAACAACUGUCUGUCAUACUACUUGACACCUUUGAUCAAAUGGUUUCAUCCUCGUAAUCCCCAAGGGAUAUUAGCAUUAGUAACCCUUCUAGCCUUCUUGUUGAGGCGAUAUACGAAUGUAAAAAUCAGGGCUGAUAUGGUUUAUAAGAGGAAAUUUUGGAGGAAUAUGAUGAAAUCUGCUUUAACUUAUGAGGAAUGGGCUCAUGCUGCGAAAAUGUUAGAGAAAGAGACCCCUAAAAUGAAUGAGGCAGAGUUUUAUGAUGAAGAAUUAGUUAUAAACAAACUUCAGGAACUUCAACAUCGUCGCCAUGAAGAAUCUUUAAGAGAUAUUAUGUUCUUUAUGAGGGCUGAUUUGGUGAGAAAUCUUGGAAAUAUGUGUAAUCCACAACUUCAUAAGGGUAGGCUUCAUGUGCCUAAACUUAUUAAGGAGUAUAUUGAUGAGGUUUCAACUCAGUUGAAACUGGUAUGUGACUCUGAUUCUGAUGAGAUUUUAUUGGAAGAGAAACUUGCUUUUAUGCAUGAAACAAGACAUGCUUUUGGAAGGACAGCAUUGCUUUUAAGCGGGGGCGCGUCUUUGGGAGCUUUUCAUGUUGGUGUGGUUAAGACAUUGGUAGAACACAAACUCAUGCCUAGGAUAAUUGCUGGUUCGAGUGUUGGAUCAAUUAUGUGUUCUGUGGUUGCAACUCAGUCUUGGCCUGAGCUGCAGAGUUUCUUUGAGGAUUCUUGGCAUGUGUUGCAACCGUUUGAACAGAUUGGCGGAAUUCUUACUGUUUUCAGGAGGAUCAUGAGACAAGGGGCUGUACAUGAGAUUAGGCAGUUGCAGGUGAUGUUACGCCAUCUCACGAAAAAUCUUACUUUCCAAGAAGCCUACGACAUGACUGGUCGAGUUCUAGGGAUUACUGUUUGCUCCCCUAGAAAACAUGAACCUCCUAGAUGUUUGAACUACUUGACUUCACCUCAUGUUGUUAUAUGGAGUGCUGUGACUGCUUCUUGCGCCUUUCCUGGUCUGUUUGAAGCUCAAGAACUGAUGGCAAAGGAUAGAAGUGGAAAUCUUGUUCCUUAUCAUCCGCCAUUUCAUUUGGAACCUGAUCAGGCUGCAGCUUCUGGUUCAUCUGCUCGUCGAUGGAGGGAUGGUAGCUUGGAGAUUGAUUUGCCUAUGAUGCAGCUAAAAGAACUCUUCAAUGUAAACCACUUUAUCGUGAGCCAGGCGAAUCCACAUAUCGCUCCUUUACUCAGGAUCAAAGAGUUUGUAAGAGCUUAUGGAGGCAACUUUGCUGCCAAGCUUGCUCAUCUUACAGAGAUGGAAGUGAAGCACAGAUGCAAUCAGGUACUGGAACUUGGUUUUCCCUUGAGGGGAUUAGCCAAGCUAUUUGCUCAAGAUUGGGAAGGCGACGUCACUGUUGUAAUGCCCGCCACUUUUGCUCAGUACUUGAAACUCAUACAGAACCCCUCUACUUCGGAGGUUCAAAAAGCAGCAAAUCAAGGGAGGAGGUGCACAUGGGAGAAACUAUCAGCCAUUAAGGCAAAUUGUGGAAUUGAGCUUGCUCUUGAUGAGUGUGUAGCAAUACUCAACCACAUGCGUAGACUAAAAAGGAGCGUGGAAAGAUCAGCUGCUGCUACACAUGACUUGUCAAGCAGCACUGUCAGGCUCAAUGCUUCUCGACGUAUUCCUUCUUGGAAUUGCAUUGCGCGAGAGAAUUCAACAGGCUCCCUUGAGGAAGACUAUCACGUGGAUCCUCCUUCCUCUCUUCAUCAUCACAAUGUUGGACGAAGCUGGCGUUCUAAUAAUAAGAAUGCACAUGAUCAUCAUGGUAGUGACAGUGAGUCUGAAAGCGCGGAUUAUAAUUCUUGGACAAGAUCAGGUGGUCCUUUGAUGAGGACAACAUCAUCUGAUAAGUUUAUCGACUAUGUCCAAAACUUGGAAACCAAUGCUUCACAACGAUCGAACAGAGGAUUGAGUAUUGACCUCAACAAUGUUGUAGGCAGGGAUCCUCUUUCUCUGAGUCCACGAGUGACAACACCAGAUAGAAGAUCAGAUACAGAAUUUGAUCAAAGAGACAUCAGAAUUAUCGUCGCUGAAGGUGAUUUUCUACAGACUGAGAGGACUAACAAUGGGAUUGUAUUCAAUGUGGUAAAAAGAGGUGACUUAACUCCAUCAAACAGGAGUCUUGAUUCAGAAAACAACAGUUCCUUUCAUGAUACAGUGCCCGAAUGUAUGCAACUCGAAAGUCCUGAGAAGGAGUACAUGGAUUUAAGUUCAGUAUCAGAAGAUGGAGAAAUCGAGUCCUCUGGUUAAGGAUAAAGGAGUAGGUAUUGCUCAACCGCAAUCCUUAUAUUGUUGAAAAUGAUCAGAGAUUGUUAAAUGCAAACAGAAUAUCAGAUCAUAUGAGAUAUGACAUGCUGUGUAAAGAAUCUUUAUACUAUCAGUGCAGUUUAACCGGUUAGUACGCUAUUUUUCAGGUUAUCAAUUAUCAUAUCAAAUCUCAAUAUAAACAGUUAACUAUCAGUGUAAGUCAACUUAACUUGAUAUCGUAAAAGUUCUUUCCAGAAUCAACACAGAAUAUUGACUCAUACUUCUAAAAUUUGAUAAGUGAUAAUGGUUGUGCCAACCUCUGCUGUCAAAGUCUGUAUAUGCCACUACUUUAACAUUUUUUUUUUUGUGGAGUAAUGUACAAUAUUUUUUGAAGAGUGUUAUAUAGUUGGAUUUGUGGCUGUCUUUUUGGAGGGAAUUAUGUUGACAUAUGCUUGUGGAUGUUGAACUAGACAAUGUAUUUAAAGCUAUAUAGUCCACUUAUUGUG